UUACUUUUUCUCCAAGCAUCUUAUUCAAAAAGUUUAACUAUUUAAUUAUGUGAUGCUAAAUGAAGCACAUAUUUAAUUAAUUACUCAGUAUUACUAAUAUGUCAGUCAUUCACUUCAUUUCCUUCCAAGGCUCUCCUCUUGAUUGAGAGUCCUCCACUACGCUCAUCAAAAUCACUGUUUACAAUUUUCCCCCCAAUCAUUCAUUCUACAAUGAUACUACCAGUGUUCAAGCUAGGGACACUUGCCCUGAAAUCAUUCUGCAAGCCCAUUGGUAAUCGCAUUAAGAAGGAGGCUGGGUAUCACCCCAGGUUCCGUACUUUCAUCAUCAACAUUGCCCAGGCAAACCAUAGAUUGACAACUAAAUUGCAAAGACGUAUAUAUGGUCAUGCAACUGAUGUCGCAAUUCGCCCAUUAAAUGAAGAUAAGGCCGUUCAAGCUGCUGCUGAUCUCCUAGGUGAACUCUUUGUGUUCUCGGUCGCUGGAGCGGCUGUUAUCUUUGAGGUGCAAAGGAGCUCCAGAUCUGAAGCUAGAAAGGAGGAAGUUCGGAGGCAGGAACUAGAGGCAAUGAAGCAGCGAGAUGAAGAGCUGAAUAGAGAGAUUGAGUUCCUCAAGAACAGGAUUGAUGAACUGGAGAGACAAACCAAAACACGAGGGUUAAGCAGUAUUUUUAGCAUUGGUCAUGCAGAAAGUACCAAGGAUAAAGUAAAAGCUGGUUGAUCCUCCGCUAGUGUUGUGCUAACAGACACAUUGUAAGACCCCUCUACAGUUGAACAACUUAAAGAGUUAAGAUAGUAGUUUCUGGAAGUAAAGAAACUUAAAACAACUCUGAAGAAAGGAUCAUGUUCUAGACGUGCAAGUUUUGACAGGUCAAAGUCACUAGAAUACUACUAACCAAAAUGGGUAUCCGUAGUCUGCAGAUUUUGCUCUAUAAAUAAAGGUCAACAUCCCACAUCACGACUGAAUUGCAUAGUCUGGAGAUUCUUUAUAUGCACCUAGCCAUUGAGGCAGUACUCGGAUGACAAUUUUAUUUGUUCUGGCUUUCAUUAAUCAAAAUUGUUAUUAAUA